UACGCGUGAUUAAACCGUUGCAUCAUUUAAUAAUGAAUCAGUCUCACGAUAGUUUCUAUAAAAUUGUUCGAAUAAAGUUUUGACUGCGUUCUAAACCGUUUUAUUGCUGAAAUCGAAUUGAAAUUUUGCGGAACGAUCACAUAAAAUGCACGUUCAUUAUUGAGCAAUCCACUUGGAUUAUUGAAAACAAAAUAUAAUAAUAAUAUGGUAAAAUGAAGGGUUAUUGUCGAAAUAUGAAGAUUAUAAUUUUGACAACGUAUUUAUGCGUCGCUAUAACUGACAUCUACGCGGGUGGAACAGGACCGUCGAAAACUGGUGUAAAAGUAAACCCGCCACCAAGGAGUGUCAAUGUAGCUCUAGAAACAUCAUUUCUUUUCGAACCAAAAGACGUCAACGAAAACAUAUCGUUCAUCCAAAAUAUAAAAGUGUUUUUAGACAAGCUCUACAAGAUACUAGCGCCCCAAGCACAAGAAAUCCAACAAUUCCGAGCUUACGACAACAAUAAAAACGAACGCAUCAGCUUCACAGAUUUCAUAAAAAAACUCGGCGACAGCUUUCUCAAUUUCACCGGUCCCAAAGCCAAAGACGCUGUCAAAGUUUUAAAAAGUGAAGUGUCAAAAAUUUAUAACCAAACGCAUUCUACGAUAAAUGAGGUUAUACCGGACUUCGGCGUUAAACAAUACAUUAAGGAUACUAUUAAAAAAUGGGCGAAUGAGGAUGUGCCAACAUUAAAAGAUAAAUUAAAGAAGAUAAUUAACGACAACAACCCUCUACUAACAACUUUCGCGCGACGAUUAAAUGAUUAUUACACAGAAGACGAUAUUAAGAAACUUAACAAACUUUUAAAGAAACUAAAUCACCAUUUGGAAAAUGAUAUGGAUACUUCGAAAAUUGUUAGAGACGCUAUAGACAUAGGUAUACACGAAAAGUUCAAAAAAUUAAACACAACUUCAAAAAUUAGUUUAAUGAAUGAUAUGAAGUUACUCUCCGAAUUCAUAAGUCAAACGAAACCGAAAGACAACACUAAAGUCAUUUUAAAAAGGGCAAACGACAUGUUUUCUGAUGAGAAAGACUUGCCGGGGUCGGGCAACGACAGCUUGGAUCGAGAUGAGAUUUAUAACGAGUUGAAGCGAACCAUCGGGAAGAAAUUAAGACUUGCUAAUGAGAGAAUGAGAGCGAAUGAGAAAAAAGGUGUGAAUGCAAACGAAAUUGUAGUUGACAAUAUGGAAUUGUUGGUGCAAUCACAUAAAAAACCUGAUGAUGAAUAAUUCGGAGUUUUAUUGUAUAUCCUUAUUUAAACGUCGUUGUUUGCAAAUUAUUAAACAAAACAUCACUGUAAAUAACAAUAGGUCGCCAU